AUGGCCAUCAGAAGACCUUAUUUUGUCAAGACCUCUGACAUUGUUACUUCGAAACAAGAAAUAUUAGAUUUGCAAGCAUUCCUACUUCAGUUCGUUGAUUUCAACCUCAGUUUAUUUAUUGGUGAUCGUGAAGUAGAACCUGUUUCAUAUUCAUCAAAAGAUGCUAAAGCAACAAUCGCAUUUCUGUGCUAUAGCUCUGGAAUCACUGGAAAUCAAAAAGGUGAUGAAAUCACACAUACAAAUGCUGUAGCUAAUAUGGCACAGAUUUCAUCUUCAUAUUAUUUAGUACUCGUAAUAUCUUCAUAG